AUGCAUAUUGUUAAUUCUAAUGAAGAGGGUCUUGAAAGUAAAGAAAGUGAAGAAAUAAUUAUAUGUGAAGCUUUAACUACCUUCACUUCUCCUAAUAAAAAUCACAAAAAGGAAAAGCAAGCCAUAAAACUGAAUUCAACUUUACAAAUUCCAAUUACUUUAAGUAAUUUAAUUCAACCUAUUAUAUUAAAUAAUGAUUACAACAAUAGUGAAAAUAAUGAUAUGUUGAUAG